AUUCAUAACAGAUGGAGUUAAACCGAUCUCAAAUGGAUUCAAUGCAAUGCCAAAAUCUAUAAAUAAUCCACAUUUUUUAUCGGAUUAUUUAGAGGCGGUUUUGUGAAUCGGUAAAAAGUGAAUUAAUAAAUCGCGAAAAAGGACUAGUUUUCUUUAACUGAUAUAAAGUGAGUGAAGAACAAUGGGAUAUUUUAACAUCAUAUGUCUGUUGUUGGUUUUAUUCGUGAAUUUGAAAACAUCCGCAUCAAAACCAUCGAUGAAAAAUCAUGUGAGGGCAGCAAGCAAAAAUGAGUUCACAAAGUUAAUAAAUCGAUCAAAACGUUCGUGGCAAGGAAAGGAAACUGGAAUCGGAAAUGGAAUCAACAUAUGCUAUGAUCACAAUGAGUGUCCAGAUGGAUAUGCGUGCUUGGCGGCGGGUUUUGGAAAAGCAAAGGUGAAAGCGCGUAAAAUCUGCUAUAAAUGUGAUUGUAUGGAGACAGACCAAUGCAAUGCUCAUUUUAAAGGCACGUUCUGCAAUUGUUCAGGGUCUGGAUUCACUGGAGAAUUUUGUGAAACGAACAUUGAUGACUGUGUAAAUGCAACUUGUGAAAAUGGAGCUACCUGUCUUGAUGGUGUUAAUGAGUACACUUGUCAAUGUGCUGAAGGAUAUACAGGGGUGGACUGUGGAACGAGUUUAGACGGAUGCAAUCCAUACCCUUGUUCCCAAGGUCAAUCAUGCAUAACUGUAGGUAAUGACUACGUAUGCACUUGUGAUCCAGUGCAAUCAGUGUCAAGUACUAAUGAACUCUUUGCUACCACUCAAGUCCCAAAAACCAAAACGUGUUCACCUGGAUUCCCAUUCGGUUAUAGCGACAAUCUUAGUGUACAGUGGAACAUAACUGCAGAUGUCGGAAAAGUCAUUUGGGUUACAAUCAGGGAUUUCCUAACUGAAUUGAAUAAUGAUGUUGUGUAUGUACGGGACGGUCAGAUCAAUGGUGUUCAAGCCUGCCUUGGUAUGCUGUCGGGAACAGUCCCACUCCCUUUUUGGAUCCAGUCAUCAACCAAUGAGCUUACAAUUACUUUCGUUAGUGAUAGCAGCAACAAUUUCUUAGGAUUCUGCUUUACCUAUUUCAGUUUUUAGUGAGGGGAUAAUCGAACAUAAAGACAUACAUUUUUUAUUUUUCUUCCUUUUAGCUUAUUAUAAACUACUUGAUCUAUGAUGUUUAUUCUUUAAAUUUUAUUUUGUUGCUGAAAUUAUGAAUAGAAUCAACCAUGAUUUAUAUAUGUAUAUGCGUGUGCGUCUUUAACACAAAACUGAUGCAUUUAUUUGCAAAGCAUGAACAGGGGAUAUGUAUUUGUUAAUCUGUCAGAAUGGGUGAAAUAAAUAUUCAACAAAAUUAAAA